AUGGCGGAAGGAGGGGAGGGAGAGGAGGAGAUUCAGUUCCUGCGGACGGAGGAUCAGGUGGUCCUGCAGUGCACUGCCUCCAUCCUGAAGGAGCAGAUCAAGCUGUGCCUGUCCUGCGAGGGAUUCGGAAACCGUCUCUGCUUCCUGGAGCCAACGUCCAACGCCCAGAAUGUUCCGCCUGACCUGGCGAUCUGCUCCUUCACCCUGGAGCAGUCCCUCUCUGUGCGGGCGCUGCAGGAGAUGCUGUCCCACACCUCAGAGAUGGCAAUCGAUUUGGAUAAAUGGUCCUCCCAGGGAGGGGGUCACCGCACCCUGCUGUACGGCCACGCCAUCCUGCUAAAGCACUGCCACUCCAACAUGUAUCUCAGCUGCCUGACCACAUCCCGGUCCCUCACAGACAAACUGGCUUUUGAUGUUGGCCUGCAGGAGGAUUCCACAGGGGAAGCCUGUUGGUGGACCAUCCACCCUGCGUCCAAGCAGAGGUCAGAGGGAGAGAAGGUCAGGGUGGGAGAUGACCUCAUCCUCGUCAGCGUGUCCUCUGAGAGAUACCUGCACCUGUCCUACGCCAGCGGAGACCUUAUGGUGGACGCCUCCUUCAUGCAGACCCUGUGGAACAUGAACCCCAUAAUGUCAGGGUGUGAGCUGGCUGAGGGCUACCUGGCCGGAGGAUACGUUCUCAGGCUCUUCCACGGUCACAUGGAUGAGUGCUUGGCCAUCUCUGCUGCGGACCAGGGGGAGGACCAGCGAAGAAACGCGCACUAUGAGGGAGGAGCGGUCUGCAGCCACGCCCGAUCUCUAUGGCGACUGGAGCCCCUGCGGAUCAGCUGGAGCGGGAGCCACAUGAAGUGGGGCCAGUCGUUCCGGGUGCGCCACAUCACCACCGGUCGCUACCUGUGCCUGGACGAGGAGAAGGGCCUGCUGCUGGUGGACCCAGAGAAAGCCAACACCAAGCUGUCCGCCUUCUGCUUCCGGGCCUCCAAGGAGAAGAUCGAGGUGGCUCAGAAACGAGACGUGGAGGGCAUGGGCACGCCGGAGAUCAAGUACGGAGAGUCUAUGUGCUUCGUGCAGCACGUCUCCACCGGCCUCUGGCUCACCUACGCGUCUGUGGACGCCAAGUCCGCCCGCCUCGGGCCCCUGAGGAGGAAGGCCAUCCUGCACCAGGAGGGGCACAUGGACGACGCCCUGACUGUAGCGCGCUCUCAGACGGAGCAGAGCCAGGCCGCCCGCAUGAUCUACAGCACUACCGGCCUCUUCGCCCAGUUCAUCAAGGGCCUGGACUCCCUGAAUGGGAAGAACAAAGCCCCCGCCCCGGCCUCCCUCCCCAUGGAUGCCGUGGUCCUCUCCCUGCAGGACCUCAUCUUCUACUUCCGUCCCCCCGAGGAGGAGCUGGAGCACGAGGAGAAACAGACCAAGCUGCGCUCCCUCAGGAACCGCCAGAACCUCUUCCAGGAGGAGGGCAUGAUCACACUGGUGCUGGACUGCAUCGACAGGCUCAAUGUCUACAACACGGCCGCCCACUUCUCCGAGUUCGCUGGGGAGGAGGCAGCCGAGUCCUGGAAGGAGAUUGUGAACCUGCUGUAUGAGCUGCUGGCCUCUCUGAUUCGUGGAAACCGGGCCAACUGCGCGCUGUUCUGCGAUAACCUGGACUGGCUGGUCAGCAAACUGGACCGCCUGGAGGCCUCUUCAGGCAUUCUGGAGGUGCUAUACUGUGUUCUGAUUGAGAGCCCUGAGGUACUGAACAUCAUCCAGGAAAAUCACAUCAAGUCCAUCAUCUCCCUGCUCGACAAACACGGACGCAAUCACAAGGUCCUAGACGUGCUUUGUUCCCUGUGUGUGUGCAAUGGCGUGGCUGUCAGAUCCAAUCAGAACCUCAUCACCGAAAACCUGCUCCCACGGAGAGACCUCCUGCUGCAGACCAACAUCAUCAACUACGUCACCAGUAUGAGACCCAACAUUUUUCUAGGAACGUGUGAGGGCUCCACGCAGUAUAAGAAGUGGUAUUACGAGUUGAUGGUGGACCAUGUGGAGCCCUUCCUAACUGCACAGGUCAUUCACCUGCGUGUGGGCUGGGCCCUCACCGAGGGGUACAGUCCCUACCCCGGAGGGGGCGAGGGAUGGGGUGGAAACGGUGUCGGUGACGAUCUCUACUCCUACGGCUUCGAUGGCCUACACCUGUGGUCAGGGCGUGUCCCUCGGCAUGUGGCCUCGCCCAAUCAGCACGUCCUGGCGGCGGACGAUGUGGUCAGCUGCUGCCUGGAUUUGAGCGUGCCCAGUAUCUCCUUCCGCAUCAACGGACACCCCGUGCAGGGCAUGUUCGAGAACUUCAACCUGGACGGGCUCUUCUUCCCCGUAGUCAGCUUCUCUGCGGGGAUAAAGCUGCGUUUCCUCCUCGGAGGUCGUCACGGCGACUUCAAGUUCCUCCCGCCCCCCGGCUACGCCCCCUGCUAUGAGGCCCUUCUGCCUAAGGAUAGGAUGCACAUCGAGCCUAUCAAGGAGUACAAGCACGACUUCAACGGCGUACGCAACCUGCUGGGCCCCACACAGUCGCUGUCGCACACUGCCUUCACGCCCUGCCCUGUCGACACCGUGCAGAUUGUGCUGCCUCCCCACCUGGAGCGCAUCCGAGAGAAGCUGGCGGAGAACAGCCAUGAGCUGUGGGCCGUCACCCGCAUCGAACAGGGCUGGACCUACGGCCUGUUUCGGGACGACAACAAGAAGUUGCACCCCUGCCUGGUGGAUUUCCAGAGCCUUCCGGAGCCUGAGAAGAACUACAACCUGCAGAUGUCUGGGGAAACACUCAAGACUCUGCUAGCUCUGGGCUGUCACGUGGGUAUGGGUGAUGAGAAGGCCGAGGAGAACUUGAAGAGGAUCAAGCAGCCGAAGACCUACAUCAUGAGCAAUGGGUACAAACCCGCCCCCCUGGACCUGAACCACGUCAAGUUGACGCCCAACCAGAACACCUUGGUGGAGAGGCUGGCGGAGAACGGGCACAAUGUGUGGGCACGGGACCGGGUCCGACAGGGCUGGACCUACAGCAUUGUGCAGGACAUCUCCAACAAGCGCAACCCCCGCCUCGUCCCUUAUAACCUGCUGGAUGAGAAAACCAAGAAGACCAACCGUGACACCGUCUCUGCGGCUGUGCGCACGCUCAUCGGAUACGGAUACAACAUCGAGCCGCCUGACCAGGAGGGCAGUGGCCAUGGCCCGGGCAGCAUCCGCACGGAUAAGAUCCGCGUGUUCCGCGCUGAGAAGUCGUACGCGGUGACCCAGGGGAAGUGGUACUUCGAGUUCGAGGUGGUGACCGUGGGCGAGAUGAGGGUGGGCUGGGCGCGACCAAACGUAAGAGCCGACACGGAACUGGGGGCCGACGACCUGGCCUACGUCUUCAACGGCUUCAAGGCUCAGCGCUGGCACGUGGGGAACGAGCCCUUCGGCAGAACCUGGUUGCCGGGCGACGUGGUGGGCUGCAUGAUCGACCUGGCGGAACAGGACAUCAUGUUCACGCUCAACGGGGAGAUGCUCAUCAGCGACUCGGGCUCUGAGAUGGCCUUCAAGGACGUCGAGAUCGGGGACGGUUUUGUCCCAGUGUGCAGUCUGGGCCUGUCCCAGGUGGGCAGGAUUAACCUGGGCCAGAACGUCAGCAGCCUGCGCUACUUCGCCAUCUGCGGCCUGCAGGAGGGCUUCGAGCCCUUCGCCAUCAAUAUGAAGCGCGACAUCACCAUGUGGUUCAGCAAGAGCCUGCCCCAGUUCAUCCCUGUGCCCACCGACCACGCACACAUCGAGGUCUCUCGCGUGGACGGCACAGUGGACAACGCCCCCUGCCUGAAGCUCACCCACAAGACGUUCGGCUCGCAGAACGCCAACACGGACAUGCUGUUCCUACGCCUCAGCAUGCCCAUAGAGUUCCACGAGACCUUCAAGGUGCCCGCCGGCACCACGCCCCUCACUCGCACCCUCACCAUCCCCGAGGACGAGGUGCUGGAGGUGGACCCCGACUCCGAGUUCGAGCUGCUCAAGAAGUCAGCCAGCCGCAGCCCGCAGGAGGAGAAGGAGAAAGAGCCCUCCGUGCCCAAGGAGAUCCCCGGGAGCAAGGGUGGGGAGAAUGAGAAGGACGCCUCCACGGAGAAGAGCAAGAAGAGAGGGUUCCUGUUCAAGGCCAAGAAGGCGGCCUUCAUUGCCCCUCCCCCGGUGGUGCCCACAGUGCCCCGCCUGAUGGAGGACGUCAUGCCGGACGAUCGAGACGACAUGGACAUCAUCCUCAACACCACCACGUACUACUACUCAGUACGGGUCUUUGCUGGGCAGGAGCCCGGCGGUGUCUGGGUGGGCUGGGUCACCCCCGACUACCACCAGUACGACCUUCACUUUGACCUCAACAAAGUGCGCAAUGUCACUGUCACCGUGGGCGACGACAAGGGGAACAUUCACGACAGCAUGAAGCGCAGUAACUGCUACAUGGUGUGGGGAGGGGAGUUCAGCAACAGCUCCCAGCAGACUCGCAUCACCCAGGAGGACCUUCUGAUUGGCUGCUUGGUGGACCUCGACACUGGCCUCAUGACCUUCACAGCCAAUGGGAAGGAGAUCAACACUUUCUACCAGGUGGAGCCCAACACUAAGCUCUUCCCGGCGGUGUUUGUGCAGCCCUCCAGUCAGAACGUGCUGGCCGUAGAGCUGGGCAAGCUCAAGAACAUCAUGCCCAUCUCGGCGGCCAUGUUCCGCAGCGAGCGGAAGAACCCCGUGCCGCAGUGCCCGCCCCGGCUGGACGUGCAGAUGCUGACGCCGGUCAUCUGGAGCCGCAUGCCCAACCACUUCCUGUCCCCGGAGACGGCGCGGACGGGCGACCGGCACGGCUGGGUGGUGGACUGCGGCGAGCCCCUCAUCAUGAUGGCCCUACACAUCCCCGAGGAGAACAGGUGUAUAGACGUGCUGGAGCUCUCUGAGCGUCUGGACAUGCUGAAGUUCCACUACCACACGCUGAAGCUCUACUGCGCCGUCUGCGCGCUAGGCAACAACCGCGUGGCGCACGCGCUGUGCAGUCACGUGGACGAGUCGCAGCUGUUCUACGCCAUCGAGAACACCUACCUGCCCGGCCCCAUGCGCAGCGGCUACUACGACCUGCUCAUCAGCAUGCACCUGGAGUCCGCCAAGCGCGCACGCCUCAUGACUAACAAGGAGUUCAUCGUGCCCAUGACCGACGAGACACGCCACCUCAAGCUCUACUCCGACGACGACAAGGCCCACGCCCUGCCCGGGGUGGGCCUCAGCACCUGCCUGCGGCCCAAAGUCCAGUUCUCCCCCGUCAGCUUCGUGGGCACUGACCCCGACGUGUACACCCUCAGCCCCAUAAUCCCCCUGGAGGUCCUGAAGACCAAGGCCCUCAACAUGCUGACAGAGGCAGUGGAGGACGGGGGCCAGGCCAUGCGUGACCCAGUCGGGGGCAGUGUGGAGUUCCACUUCGUGCCCAUCCUCAAACUCAUCAGCACCCUGCUCAUCAUGGGCAUCUUCGACGACGGCGACGUCAAGCACAUCCUCAAGAUGAUCGAGCCCAACGUGUUCGCCCCGGAGGCGGAGCAUCCGGUGGAGGAGGGCGGGGCCAGGGGAGGGGCCAGGAAGGGAGGGGAGGAGCCCAGGCCCAAGGAAGUGAAGGAGGCGAGCAAGGAAACCAAGGAGGAGGAGGAAGGAUUCGAGGAAGGGUACGAGAACGAGGCUGAAGAUGAGGGGGUGGGAGAGUAUGAGGAAGAGGAGGAGGAGGAGGAAGAGCUGGAGUUGGAAGAGGAGAUGGAGGAGGAGCGUGGGGGAAAGGAGGGAGGAGGGGAGGGUGUUGGAGAGAAGAGGGAUGGAGAGAAGGCGCCGGAGGAGAAGGAGAGAGAAUCGGGGGCGGGCGAGGCCGAGGCGGAUAUGAGGGAGGGGCCAGAGGAAGGACUGCUCCAGAUGAAGCUUCCAGAAUCUGUCAAACUGCAGAUGUGCACUCUGCUCCAGUACUUCUGCGACUGCGAGCUGCGGCACAGGGUGGAGGCCAUCAUCGCCUUCUCCGACCAUUUCGUCAACGAGGUGCAGACCAACCAGAGGAAGCGCUACAAUGAGCUGAUGCAGGCAUUUACCAUGAGCGCGGCUGAGACCGCCCGGAAGACCCGCGAGUUCCGCUCCCCACCGCAAGAGCAGGUCAACAUGCUCCUGAACUUCAAGCACUUUCUGGACGGCGAGGACAACCCCGUCCCUGAGGUCGUUCGAGAUGCCCUGCAGGCAUUUCACAAUGACCUGCUGACUCACUGCGGCGUGCACAUCGAGGAGGAGGAGGAAGAGGAGGAGGUGGACACGUCUCUGCGUGGGCGGCUGUUCAGCCUGGUGGACAAGGUCCGGAGCUUCCGCAGGAAGAAGGUGGCGGAGGAGCCAGAGCCCUUGGAAGAGCCCAAACCCAGCACGCUGCAGGAGCUCAUCUCCCACACCAUGAUCCACUGGGCCCAGGAGUCGUUCAUCCAGAACCCGGAGCUGGUGCGGCUGAUGUUCAGCCUGCUCCACCGGCAGUACGACGGGCUCGGGGAGCUGAUCCGCGCCCUGCCCAAGGCCUACACCAUCAACGCCGUGUCGGUGCAGGACACCAUGGACCUGCUGGAGUGCCUGAGCCAGAUCCGCUCCCUGCUCAUCGUGCAGAUGGGCCCCGAGGAGGAGAGGCUGAUGAUCCAGAGCAUCGGGAACAUCAUGAGCAACAGGGUGUUCUACCAGCACCCUAACUUGAUGCGUGCCCUGGGCAUGCACGAGACCGUCAUGGAAGUCAUGGUCAACGUGCUGGGGGGAGGAGAUUCUAAGGAGAUCAGAUUCCCACGGAUGGUGACCAACUGCUGUCGCUUCCUCUGCUACUUCUGCCGGAUCAGUCGGCAGAACCAGCGGUCCAUGUUCGACCACCUCAGCUACCUGCUCCAGAACAGCGGCAUUGGUUUGGGGAUGCGAGGCUCCACCCCUCUGGACGUGGCGGCGGCCUCCUGCAUCGAUAACAACGAGCUGGCCCUCGCUCUGCAGGAGCAGGACCUGGAGAAGGUGGUGAAGUACCUGGCAGGCUGUGGGCUGCAGAGCUGUCCGAUGCUGCUGUCCAAGGGCUACCCAGACAUCGGCUGGAACCCGUGCGGUGGAGAGCGCUACCUCGACUUCCUGCGGUUCGCCGUGUUCGUCAACGGAGAGAGCGUGGAGGAGAACGCUAACGUGGUGGUGCGUCUGCUGAUCCGGAGGCCCGAGUGCUUCGGCCCCGCCCUGCGAGGGGAGGGGGGCAACGGGCUGCUCGCUGCCAUCGAGGAGGCCAUCAAAAUCUCAGAGGACCCCGCCAGGGACGGACCCACGGUCAAGAAAGACCGACGCUUCCCCAUGUUUGGUGGGGAGGAGCAGCAGGAGGAUAACAGGGUGCAUCUUGGGAACGCCAUCAUGUCCUUCUACUCUGCCCUUAUUGAUCUGUUGGGCCGUUGCGCCCCUGAAAUGCAUUUGAUCCAGGCUGGUAAGGGUGAGGCUCUGAGGAUCAGGGCCAUCCUGAGGUCUCUGGUGCCCAUCGAGGACCUAGUGGGUGUGAUCAGCCUCCCCGUCCAGAUCCCCACCUUCGGGAAAGACAGCAGCAUCAUUGAGCCAAAGAUGUCGGCCAGCUUCGUGCCGGACCACAAGGCUCCCAUGGUGCUGUUCCUGGACCGAGUGUACGGCAUUGACAACCAGGACUUCCUUCUGCAUGUGCUGGAAGUUGGCUUCCUGCCAGACAUGAGAGCGGCUGCCUCGCUUGACACGGCUGCGUUCAGCACCACGGAGAUGGCCCUGGCCCUCAACCGCUACCUGUGUUUGGCGGUGAUGCCCCUGAUCACCAAGUGCGCCCCGCUGUUUGCCGGCACCGACCACCGCGCCAUCAUGAUCGACUCCAUGCUGCACACCAUCUACCGCCUCUCUCGCGGUCGUUCCCUCACCAAGGCCCAGCGCGACGUCAUCGAGGAGUGCCUCAUGUCCCUGGUCAAGUAUCUCCGACCCUCCAUGCUCCAGCACCUUCUGAGGAGACUGGUGUUUGAUGUGCCCAUCCUCAAUGAGUACGCCAAGAUGCCACUCAAGCUGUUAACCAAUCACUACGAGCGUUGCUGGAAGUACUACUGCCUCCCCAAUGGUUGGGCCAAUUUCGGCAUCUCCUCAGAGGAGGAGCUGCACCUGACUCGUAAGCUCUUCUGGGGCAUCUUCGAGUCUCUGGCACACAAGAAAUUUGACUCGGAGCUGUUUAAGAUCGCCAUGCCGUGCAUAUGUGCCAUCGCGGGGGCCAUCGCCCCAGACUACGUGGAUGCCAGCUACUCCUCAAAGACUGAAAAGAAAGCCUCCGUUGACGCUGAGGGAAACUUCGACCCCAAGCCUGUCGACACCACAAACACUAUCAUUCCUGAGAAGCUUGACGGCUUCAUCAACAAAUAUGCAGAAUACACACAUGACAAGUGGGCUUUUGAAAAGAUCCAGAACAACUGGACCUAUGGAGAAGUGCUGGAUGACAACGCCAAGACCCACCACAUGCUCCGGCCCUACAAGACCUUCUCUGAGAAGGACAAGGAGAUCUACCGCUGGCCCAUUAAAGAGUCAAUCAAGGCCAUGAUAGCCUGGGAGUGGACCCUGGACAAGGCCCGGGAUGGAGAGGAGGACAAAACAGAGAAGAAGAAAUCCCGCAAGAUAUCCCAGACUGCACAGGCCACCUAUGACCCCAGCCAUGGGUACACCCCCCAGCCCAUUGAGAUCUCUGGCAUGGCUCUGUCUAGAGAGCUGCAGGCCAUGGGAGAACAGCUGGCUGAGAACUACCACAACACCUGGGGCAGGAAGAAGAAGAUGGAUCUGCAGUCUAAAGGGGGCGGUGCUCAUCCGUUGCUGGUGCCGUAUGACACUCUGACGGCUAAGGAGAAGGCGCGGGACAGAGAGAAGGCCCACGAGCUGCUCAAAUUCCUGCAGCUUCAUGGAUACGCCGUCACCAGGGGGCUGAAGGACAUGGAGCUGGACACCUCCUCCAUAGAGAAGCGCUUUGCCUACGGCUUCCUGCAGAAGCUGCUCAAGUGGAUGGACAUCGCCCAGGAGUUCAUCGCCCAUCUGGAGGCUGUGGUCAGCAGUGGGAGGGUGGAGAAGUCGCCACAUGAGCAGGAGAUCAAGUUCUUCGCCAAGAUCCUGCUGCCGCUGAUUAACCAGUACUUUAAGAACCACUGCCUCUACUUCCUGUCCACUCCCGCCAAGAUGCUGGGCAGCGGGGGGCUGUCCUCCAAUAAGGAGAAGGAGAUGAUCGCCAGUAUCUUCUGUAAAAUGGCCGCUCUGGUGAGACACAGAGUCUCUCUCUUUGGAACGGAUGCCACUGCUGUUGUCAACUGUCUGCACAUUCUGGCCCGAUCACUGGAUGCCAGGACAGUGAUGAAGUCGGGCCCUGAGAUCGUGAAGGCUGGUCUGCGCUCUUUUUUUGAAAGUGCUGCUGAUGACAUAGAGAAAAUGGUGGAGAACCUCAAACUGGGGAAGGUGUCCAACCGCACCCAGGUGAAAGGCGUGUCUCAGAAUAUUAACUACACCACCAUAGCCCUGCUGCCUGUGCUCACCUCCCUGUUCGAUCACAUCGCUCAGCACCAGUUUGGAGAUGAUGUCAUACUGGAUGAUGUGCAGAUGUCCUGUUACCGGAUCAUGUGUAGCAUCUACUCUUUGGGCUCGGUGAAGAAUCCCCAUGUAGACAGACAGAGACCCGCUCUGGGGGAGUGUCUAGCUCACCUGGCUGCUGCCAUGCCCGUGGCCUUCCUGGAGCCCCACCUCAAUGAGUACAACGCCUUCUCCGUGUACACCACCAAGACCCCCAGAGAACGAGCCAUCCUGGGCCUCCCCAGCCACGUGCAGGAGCUGUGCCAGGACAUCCCGGAGCUGGACCUCCUGAUGAAGGAGAUCGGGGACCUGGCGGAGUCGGGCGCCCGCUACACAGAGAUGCCGCACGUGAUUGAAAUCACCCUGCCCAUGCUGUGCAACUACCUGCCCCGCUGGUGGGAGAGGGGGGUGGAGAACCACCCCGAGCAGGAGGGCAAGCUCUGCACCGAGGUCACCUCCGAACACCUCAACCAGCUUCUGGGCAGCAUCAUGAAGAUCGUGGUCAACAACCUGGGCAUCGACGAGGCCUCCUGGAUGAAGAGGCUGGCUGUGUUCUCCCAGCCCAUCGUGAGCCGGGCCAAGCCCGAGAUGCUGAAGUCUCACUUCAUCCCCACCAUGGAGAAGCUGAAGAAGCGCAGCGGGAAGGUGGUGGCCGAGGAGGACCACCUGCGCAUGGAGGGGAAGUCCGAGGGAGACGAGGAGGAGGGCACCAUCCGUGACGAGUUCGCCGUGCUCUGCCGCGACCUGUACGCCCUCUACCCCCUGCUCAUCCGCUAUGUGGACAACAACAGGGCCAGGUGGCUGACCUGUCCAGACCCUGAUGCUGAGGAGCUUUUCCGCAUGGUGGGCGAGGUCUUCAUCUUCUGGUCCAAAUCUCACAACUUUAAACGGGAGGAGCAGAACUUUGUGGUGAUGAACGAGAUCAACAACAUGUCCUUCCUCACUGCCGACAGCAAGAGCAAGAUGAGCAAGGCCGGGGAUGCAGAGGCAGGCGGCUCAGACGUGGAGCGUACCAAAAAGAAGCGACGGGGGGAUCGCUACUCGGUGCAAACCUCGCUAAUCGUGGCAUCCCUCAAGAAGAUGCUCCCCAUCGGCCUUAACAUGUGCUCCCCUGCCGACCAGGAGCUCAUCAACUUGGCUAAGAUCCGUUACUCUCUGAAGGACACGGACGAGGAGGUGAGAGAGUUCCUGCAGAACAACCUGCAUCUCCAGGGAAAGGUAGAGGACCCCUCCAUGCGCUGGCAGAUGGCUCUCUAUAAGGAAAUGGCCGGGAAAGCCGAGGAUGCCGAUGACCCUAAGAAGGUGGUGAAGAGGGUCCAAGAGGUGUCCGCUGUGCUCUAUCACAUCGAGGUGACUGAGCACCCAUUCAAGUCUAAGAAGAUGGUUUGGCACAAACUGUUGUCCAAACAGCGCCGCAGGGCUGUGGUGGCUUGCUUCAGAAUGACACCUCUGUACAACUUACCCAGGCAUAGGGCCUCCAACAUGUUCCUGGACGGAUACAAACGCAACUGGAUCCACACAGAAGGCUAUUCCUUUGAAGACAGAAUGAUUAAUGACCUGUCGAAAGCAAUGGAGCAAGAGGAAGAAGAGGAGGAGGAGACUGAGACAAAACCAGACCCCCUCCACCAGCUCAUCCUGCACUUCAGCCGCACCGCACUCACUGAAAAGAGUAAACUUGAUGAAGAUUAUCUGUAUAUGGCAUACGCCGACAUUAUGGCAAAGAGCUGCCAUAUUGGUGAGGAAGACGAAGGGGGAGAGGAGGUGGAGGGGGGCGAGGAUGAGAUGUCCUUUGAGGAAAAAGAGAUGGAGAAGCAGAGACUCCUGUACCAGCAGUCCCGCCUGCACAACCGCGGGGCGGCCGAGAUGGUGCUGCAGAUGAUCAGUGCCUGCAAAGGUGGGACGGGCUGCAUGGUUUCUUCCACUCUCAAACUGGGCAUCUCCAUCCUGAACGGGGGGAACAGUGAGGUUCAGCAGAAAAUGCUGGAUUAUCUUAAGGAUAAGAAGGAUGUGGGCUUCUUUCUCAGUCUCCAGACUCUCAUGCAGAACUGCAGCGUCCUCGACCUGAAUGCCUUUGAGAGGCAGAACAAGGCGGAGGGGCUGGGUAUGGUGUCGGAGGAGGGCACAAGUGAGAAAGUCAUGGCCGACGAUGAGUUCACCUGUGACCUCUUCCGCUUCCUGCAGCUGCUCUGUGAGGGCCAUAAUAACGAUUUCCAGAACUACCUGCGGACACAGACAGGCAGUACCACCACCAUCAACGUCAUCAUCUGCACUGUGGACUACCUGCUCCGACUGCAGGAGUCAAUCAGUGACUUUUACUGGUAUUACUCUGGGAAGGAGAUCAUCGAUGAGCCGGGGAAGAGGAACUUCUCCAAAGCCAUGACGGUGGCCAAGCAGGUCUUCAACAGCUUGACAGAGUACAUCCAGGGCCCUUGCACCGGUAACCAGCAGUCCCUGGCUCACAGCAGGCUGUGGGACGCAGUGGUGGGCUUCCUCCACGUCUUCGCCCACAUGAUGAUGAAACUGGCUCAGGGCAAAGAUUCAAGCCAGAUUGGACUCUUGAAGGAGCUCCUGGAUCUCCAGAAAGACAUGGUGGUCAUGCUGCUGUCUCUGCUAGAGGGCAACGUGGUUAAUGGCACCAUUGCCCGUCAGAUGGUCGACAUGCUAGUGGAGUCCUCCAGCAAUGUGGAGAUGAUCCUCAAGUUUUUCGACAUGUUCCUUAAGCUAAAGGACAUUGUGGCCUCGGACGCGUUCCGCGACUAUGUGACCGACCCGCGAGGGCUGAUCUCCAAGAAGGACUUCCAGAAGGCCAUGGACAGCCAGAAGCAGUACUCAACUUCCGAGAUCCAGUUCCUGCUGUCCUGCUCGGAGGCAGAUGAGAACGAGAUGAUCAACUAUGAGGAGUUUGCCAACCGCUUCCAGGAGCCGGCCAAGGACAUCGGCUUCAACAUCGCCGUGCUGCUGACCAACCUGUCUGAGCACGUCCCUCACGACACCCGGCUCCAGAACUUCCUGGAGCAGGCCGAGAGCGUGCUCAACUACUUCCGCCCCUUCCUGGGUCGCAUCGAGAUCAUGGGCGCCAGCCGGAAGAUCGAGCGCAUCUACUUCGAGAUCAGCGCCGUCAACCGCGCCCAGUGGGAGAUGCCCCAGGUCAAGGAGUCCAAGCGGCAGUUCAUCUUCGAUGUGGUCAACGAAGGCGGUGAGUCAGAGAAGAUGGAGCUCUUCGUCAACUUCUGCGAGGACACCAUCUUCGAGAUGAACAUCGCCUCGCAGAUCUCCGAGCAGUACGGCGAGGAGAAGGAAGAGGAGGAAGAGGAAAUUGGGGAAGCCAGCGCGGAGGGAGGAGCUGGAGGGGGCGGAGACGAAGAUGGUAACGGGGAGGAGGAACAACCCGAGUCCAGCUCAGCCUUCGUGGAUUUCCUCAACAGCACCGUCAACUUCCUGGGCAUGUUCACCUUCCGCAACUUGCGCCGGCAGUACCGGCGUGUGAGAAAGAUGACCCUGAAGGAGAUAAUCGUGGGAGUGGCCACCUUCCUGUGGGCCAUCCUGAUGAGCAUCCUGCUGUUCUUCUUCAGCGUGUGCAAGGGCAUCUUCCUCGUCCUCUGGCAGACCCUGUUCGGCGGCGGACUGGUAGAAGGGGCCAAGAACAUCACUGUGACGGAGAUCCUGGCCAGCAUGCCCGACCCCACGCAGGACGAGGUGCACGGAGACCUGCCUGGAGAGCCGGGCGAUGAGGAGCAGGAGGUCGGCGGGGCAAUGGACAUGAUGGACACUGGUGGGGGGGAGGAGGAGGAGGAGGACAACAAGGAUAAUGAAGGAGGUCGGACGCCCGGUAUGGAUGUCCCCGGGGGACUGGGAGACAUCGGGGACACCAACCCUGUGGACCCUCCUACCCCCGAGGGGACACCCUUGGCCAAGAGGAAAGUGACUUCAGAGGAGGCUAAGCCUGAACCGCCCCCUGUAGUGGAACCACCCCCUGAACCAGAAAAGGCUGACACUGAAAAUGGAGAAAAGGCAGAAAGGGAAAAGGCAGAGGCGGAGGCAGAGGCCAGGGCCAAGGAGAAAGCAGAGGAAAAAGAGAAAGAAAGGGCAGCCAAAGCGCUGAGAGACAAGAAACUGGCCAGACACAGAGGCUUUGACCUCUGGAACGAGCUGGACAUCCAGAGGAACAAGUUUUUGAACUACCUGUCUCGAAACUUCUACAACCUGCGUUUCCUGGCCUUAUUCCUCGCCUUUGCCCUGAACUUCAUCCUACUCUUCUACAAGGUGUCGGACAGCCCCCCAGGGGAAGAGUUUGAGGGCUCUGGGGUCUUUGAGGGCUCCGGGCUGUUUGGGGACCCUGGAGAGGAGCCGGAAGGUUCCGGAGCAGAAGAUGGCAUAGGGGGCGAUGAUGAUGAGGAGGAAGGUCCAGUGUACUUCUUCCUGGAAGAGAGCACGGGAUACAUGCAGCCCACACUUUCAUUCCUGGCCAUCCUGCACACCGUCAUUGCCUUCAUCUGCAUCAUCGGCUACAACUGCCUCAAGAUUCCCCUGGUCAUCUUUAAGAGAGAGAAGGAGCUGGCUCGCAAGCUGGAGUUUGAUGGUUUAUACAUCACCGAGCAACCGGAGGAUGAUGACAUCAAGGGCCAGUGGGACAGACUGGUGCUGAAUACACCAUCUUUUCCAAAUAAUUACUGGGACAAGUUUGUGAAGAGAAAGGUGCUGGAUAAAUACGGGGAUAUCUAUGGUAGAGAGCGGAUAGCAGAGCUGCUGGGGAUGGAUCUGGCUUCUCUUGACGUCAGUCAGCAGCACGAGAAGAAGCCUGAAGGGCCAGAUACCUCUAUGUUUGCCUGGAUCACCGCUAUUGAUAUCAAGUACCAGAUCUGGAAGUUUGGAGUCGUGUUCACGGACAAUACAUUCCUUUAUCUGGUGUGGUACACAGUCAUGUCUCUGCUUGGCCACUACAACAACUUCUUCUUCGCCUGCCACCUGCUGGACAUCGCCAUGGGCGUCAAGACCCUGCGCACCAUCCUGUCCUCUGUCACACACAACGGCAAGCAGCUGAUGAUGACAGUUGGCCUGCUGGCUGUGGUGGUGUACCUCUACACAGUGGUGGCCUUCAACUUCUUCCGCAAGUUCUACAACAAGAGCGAGGAUGAGGGCGAACCGGACAUGAAGUGUGACGACAUGAUGACUUGCUACCUGUUCCACAUGUACGUGGGCGUGCGUGCUGGCGGCGGUAUAGGAGACGAGAUCGAGGACCCUGCCGGGGACGAGUACGAGCUGUACCGCGUGGUCUUCGACAUCACCUUCUUCUUCUUCGUCAUCGUCAUCCUGCUGGCCAUCAUCCAGGGUCUGAUCAUCGACGCCUUUGGAGAACUGAGAGAUCAGCAGGAGCAGGUCAAGGAGGACAUGGAGACCAAAUGCUUCAUCUGCGGGAUCGGGAGUGACUAUUUUGACACAACCCCACACGGCUUCGAGACACACACCCUGGAAGAGCAUAACUUGGCUAAUUACAUGUUCUUCCUGAUGUACCUGAUCAACAAAGACGAAACAGAGCAUACUGGACAGGAGUCGUACGUCUGGAAGAUGUACCAGGAGCGCUGCUGGGAUUUCUUUCCCGCCGGGGACUGUUUCAGGAAGCAAUACGAGGAUCAGCUGGGAUAAGCCUGCGUGCCAUAAAGCGUGUGUGUGUGUGUGUGUGUGUGUGUGUGUGUGUGUGUGUGAGCGUGUGCGUGUGUGUCUGUGUGUGUGUGUGUUCGUCUGUACGUCUGUACUUUUGUAUCAUGUCCGUGGGGAAAAUAGAAAGAAUAUGCAAGAGAAAGAGAGAUUCUGUAAAUACACUCCAUGGCCUUCCUUUGUGUGUCGAGCUUGAGGAAUCGGGACACAGAACACUUGCGAAAUGGCACAAACACAACAUAACAUAAGUUACACACCUGCAGGUACCUGCAUGGAGUGCUAUACUGUAUGUCCGUGUGUGUGGGUCUGCAGCAGUCAGAAUGAGUGGAAAUCCAAACUAAUCACAGUGCCUAAAACUGACUCACCACUACAAUAAGAGUAAUAUGGGGGAGUGCUUCAUCAUCAGUAUUAGUAGUAUUUAUUUAUUAGUGCUAUUAUUGUUAUUGGUAAAAAUUGUGUAACUACUAGUGGCGACACUAAAGCUGCAAGUAACUUUAUGAUUUGUGUAUUUAUUUAUCUAUCUCCUAUUUGUGUUUAUCUGUUUGAUGGCGAAUGUAAACAUUGUUGUGCUCAAGGCGUACUAUUAACAUGAGAUUACUGUACACGUUUAAUUUUUCAGAUGAUUCCUUGACCACAAGUUUCAUUGUGAUGCAUCACCCCUCCCAUACUCUAGAGGGCAGACACAUACCAGCUUUGGCUCGUAUUCUGUCUCAGUUUUCAAAGCCGUAACUUUACUGUCCGUAACUGGCAACAAAAGUCAACUCAACAAACUUAUUGACACACACACACUGUCUGAGCAGUGUGUUACUGCUAUUUACUUUGCAGCAAGAGCAGUAUGCAAGUAUACACCACUUUCAAUCGAGAAUAUCAGGUUUUUGAACAUUGCAUUUUUACAGCACCCCGUCAGUGUUAAUAAACAGACCGACUGCUCCUUCUUUUUAUGGCUAAUGUCUGUGGUAAAGUCAGUCCUCUCAUUACCUUGUGCACUUUAGCCAUUUGCAAUACAUUCUGUACAUGCUUACUGCCCAAUGCACUGAUCUAAAGUGCCACCAGGAGUCAAGCUCUGCAGCAAUCUUUGAAAUAAAUGUAUUUUCCCCCCUUAGACUUUUGCAAUGAUCAGAUGCUGUCAGCUGCGUGUUUCUCAUGCCAAUAUGUUAUUGAAAAGAUAAAUGGAAAAUAAUGAUUUAAAUUUUGGGGCUGCAAUCCAAGAUUUUUCUUUAGGGAUUCUGUUAUUUAGAUUUUUUUCCCAUGUAUUUUUAUGGAACCUCUUGACCUGUUGUUUUUGAUCCAAUGCAUUGCAUUUGUUUAUGACCUUUAGAUCCCAGAUAGUCCCCACCUUGACAGAAAUGUCAUGGACACUCCCCCAUUUUGUGUUUGGUAAUAUCUGUACUACUAAUACAUGCAGGAAUAUGAUUGGUUGUAGUGCAUCAGUGGGUAUGCCACUGACCAAUGGGCAACAGGCAUGCGUAGCAAUAUUGAGCAAGAUAUCUUUAUUUUAUCUGAUUAUUAUUUCUAAAGACCUGACUGUGUGUCUUUUGACAGAUGCCUGUUUCGAUGCAGAUUAAACUGAUUUCGAUAUUUUGAA